AAAUUUGGUUCCAAUUGAUGUUAAGUUCCUGCAUCUUUUAAUCAUUUAUUCUCAUAGUUCUCUCUAUUUCUUGAAUUUGUUACUUGAUGAGUUACAGAAUUUAGGAAAAUAUUUGUGUGGUUUUGUUGUGUGAGUGUAAAUAUGGAGGAAGAGGUAUACGAUCCGAUAGAGGAAGAACCACAUACAAUAAGACAUGGUGUGUUGGUGUCUUUAGAAGAACUAACCCCGUCUUCCCCGCACUUUACAGAUGGUUCUUCAAUUCGAGUAACCGGAAAGCUAAAAGAGUAUCAUUUAGAGACCUCAACUGCUCUAAUUACUGAUGGAGGUUACCAACUAAAGAUCUACACAGAACAAAUGAACGAGCUCAAUAUCCAAGUGGGCUUCACCUACCAAUUCAUUGGUGAACUCGUAUUUCGACCUAACAGUAAUGAGCCUGUUCUGCAGGCGCGAGUAGGGAGAAAUGUGAAUGGCAUCGACCUUAAUCUCUACAAAAAGUCUCUGAAACUCUUGAAGCGAUUCCAAGCUGACAACAUGAGAGGCGAAACAACAACAUAAUAUAGUAUUUACUGGUCCUGGUAACCAACUUCCGUGGUAUAAACGAGGUCUGUAUAUCAAGGUAACCAAAACCCACUGUUAUUUAUCUUGCACUGGCAAGGCAAUGAUAACAACAUAACUUCUGCUAGCUCAAGUAACAAGUGUUUCUAGGUUGAAUGUUCUAACAAAAAACCCAUGUUCAUGACUUGUAACAUACAUUAUAAUACACACAUUUUUUUUCUUUUGAUCUCCAAUUUAAAUGCUCAUUUUCUUUUCUGUCUACUUCUUGAUUAGAUGGCAUUUAGCACUGUAAACUCCGUAUACUGCCCCCUUUGAUAUGAUGAAACUAGUCACGUUUCUGUUGAAUACCAUAUAUGAUAAAGUAAGAUCCAAAUCAAGCUUUCUUGUGUGAAACUGAACCCUUACUGUUAUUAUGCCCCUUCACCUCACUUUUAGUUUAUUAUUCAUGCACCUUGUUAUAGUUUUCUAUAGACCCACAUGGAUGGAAUAGGCAUACCUCCUAUAGUUGAUUUCUAUGGACAUCAGUCAGUCACUCAGUCUUCAGUGGGUCUAUACCAUACAACUGCUGAUAUCUCUUUCUCUAGAAUAUUUGGUUUUGAAUCUGAACGUCUCUAUCAUAGUUGCCGCCCCACCAAUGUUUGUUUGGUUUGGUGUUGUUGUUGUUGCUAUCGCUCUCCUUCCUUCCUAAUUCCCAGAGUCCCAGACCCCUUAUUGGUCGGUCUUCUCAACUGUGACGUGGCGUGAGGACUCGGUUCAAGGCAGGGCCCACUGGCUGUUACUAGUGCAUACCGACAUCAUCAUGGGCUUUCUGUGAUAUCCUUCUUCAUUUUUGCUUACAUGAAUAUCAUAUUUAUGACAUAGUGGAUCAGUGGAUCAUGGAUCAGCCAUUC